GCGACCGGAAGGGGCGGGCCGAGGCCACGGGGCGGGCGGCAGGGCGGAACCGCUUCUCCUCCACCGCCGGUGGUGGUGGUGGCGGCGGCGGCGACAGAGCUCGCAGCGUCACCCCAAUGGCAGCGCUGGUGUGGGCGGCGGGGCGAGCCCUGCUGGACCGGGCCGUGCCCCUGCUCCGGGCCGAGCGGAGCAUUACCGGAGGAGGCGGAUGGCGCAUGGCGCCCGUGCGGCCUGGCCUCCCCGUGCCCCUCUCCUCGCCCCUGGCAGGGCUCACCCGGCCCAUCCGCAUCAAGGAGCCCCCGAAGCCCAAGCAGGUGGAUCGGUGGACGGAAAAACGGGCCUUGUUCGGGGUCUACGACAACGUGGGGAUCCUGGGUGGCUUCCAGAUCCACCCGAAGAACCUCAUCAUGGGGCCCAAGUGGCUGCGAGGCUGGCGGGGGAACGAGCUGCAGAGGUGCAUCCGCAAGAAGCGGAUGGUAGGAGAUCGGAUGUUUGUAGAGGACUACCACAAACUCAACAAGAGGAUCCGGUACUUGUACAGGCGCUUCAAUCGUACUGGGAAGCACCGCUAAGGAGCCACGGUGUGGGUUUGGCGCGUGGAGCUUGGUUUUAUGGCAUUGCUGUCAGAAUAAAGCCGGCUUUCACACA